UAUGAAAAAUAAAAUAUUAUCAAGAUCUUUUAUUUCUAUUAUAUAUAAGAGGACAUAUAUUUAUUUCCCAAUUGGUCCAUAGGGUUUUCAAGAACUUUUGUAAUUGAGAAAAUGCUGCUAAGAAGUUCAUCAACACCACUUCUUGGAUCUUUACAAUCAGAGUGUCCCAACAGUCACCACCACCACCAGUCUGAUUUAACCCCAAAUUACACACCCAAUUCCAUUCACCAUUGUUACAGCAAACUCUCAUGUAGCCAUGGUGGAUAUCAGAGUUUCAAUAAAAGCUUAUACCCUUGUAACUCUCCAAUCUCUCCUUCAGUUUAUGAGAUGAGCAAAUUCCCAGCUCAUGGUUUUCGAAGAGCUCAAUCUGAAGGGAAUUUGGAAGGAUUAGUAAAAGGCUCAACUGAUGAAGUAGUUGAUGAAUUUAGCCUCUCUAAACCACACAAGAUGCUUUCGCGUGACCCCCCAAAAUCAUUCUUGGAAACCAUUCCAUCUUUCUCCGUUCACAAUUCAAGGGAGCUUCAUUCAGACGACAGCGAAGAGGGAGAUGAAGAUCAUGACUUUGAACAGAACAGUUUGGGAACUAAUGCUGUAAAAGGGGAAAUGAGUUAUGUGAGUCGAAAUUCAAAGAUAGAUAUAGUUGAAGGCAGAGAAGAGAUGUACUUAGCAAGAGGACUUGGAGUUGCUGAUAUUGGUUACUUUGAUGAUGGUGGCUGUGGCAUCGGAGGAGGAGGAGGAGGACGCGGUGGUUAUCGCCCAGUAGCCUUCGAUAGGGAUGGCGGUGACAGCCAGGGAGUACAUAUCGAAGAGCAUUACAAGAAAAUGAUUGAAGAGAAUCCUGGCAACUCCUUAUUCUUGAGGAAUUAUGCCAACUUUUUAUACAAAACAAAGAAAGAUCUAAAAGGGGCAGAGGAAUACUACUCAAGAUCUAUUUUAGCAGAUCCAAGUGAUGGUGAAAUUCUUUCACAAUAUGCUAAACUAAUAUGGGAGCUUCACCGCGAUACAGAGAGAGCCACAAGCUAUUUCGAAAGAGCAGUCCAAGCAGCCUCUAGUGACAGUCAUAUACAUGCUGCUUAUGCUAAUUUCCUCUGGGUGAUGGAAGAUGAGGAAGAUGAGAAUGACGAAACACAAGUGCAGCCAAUGGUGCAUACCGUAGCCACAGCCUCUAUAGCUGCUUGACUUGAAAGUACAUUAUUGUUCAUUGAAAUAUUCGCAGUAGAGUUAGUAGAAGCUUAGUAAGCAAUUAGGAAGAACCUGUAAUUUUGCAUCUUAGUUAGUAAUAAAAUUGAUGCACAGGACUUCUCUUUUCUCA